AUGGCAGCGAACGUAACGCAAUUUGAAAAGGAGAAAGAACUGGGCAAUGCUCUAUUCAAACAGGGGCUCUACCGCGAAGCCGUGGACAGCUACGACCAGCUAAUCACUGCGCAGCCGCAGAACCCGGUUGGGUACAGCAACAAAGCCAUGGCGUUGAUCAAGCUGGCGGAAUAUACACACGCUAUACAGACGUGCCAGGAAGGACUGCGGUAUGCGUUGGGGCCAGAGCACGCGGCCAUCAGAUCUAAGCUACAGUAUCGUCUGAAGCUGUCACAGACUGAAGCAGGGUCAAUAGAGAUCCCCGUCAUAGAGGUUGAUGAACUACCGGCAGGAUACGACCGGUCCUAG